UGAGGAAUGUGCUGUACAGCUUUGGUUGGACACACAAAAAGUCAACAUUUUUAUAAAGUCAAACUAAUCCUUCUGUUCUGUUUUUUUGGUCAACUUACUCAGUCGCCGGACAAUUUAAUUCCCAAACCAAACAAAACAGAGAAGAUCAAACAAAACUCAAUUCUGAGAAGAAGAAGAAGAAGAAGUGAGAACUUUAAUAAAUCCCCCCAAAUUUUUUAAUGGAUCCGUCGGAGUAUUUCGCCGGCGGCGAUCAACAGAACCAGAAACGGCAGCUUCAGAUCUGUGGUCCUCGUCCUUCACCUCUCAGCGUCCACAAAGACUCACACAAAAUCAUCAAGAAACCACCUAAACACCCUGCGCCGCCUCAGAACCGUGACCAACCCCAGCAGCCUUAUGUUCCUAGAGAGCCGGUGGUCAUCUACGCCGUUUCCCCCAAGGUCGUACACGCCACCGCGUCCGAGUUCAUGAACGUAGUCCAGCGUCUCACGGGUAUCUCCUCUGAAGUUUUCCUCGAAUCUGGCGGCGGUGGUAACGUUUCACCGGCGGCGAGACUUGCGUCGACGGAAAAUGCUAGCCCGAGAGGAGGUAAAGAACCUCCGGUGGUGGUGGCUAGAGAUGAUGAAAUCCCCACGGCCAUGGAAGAAGCAGCUGAGUUUGGUGGUUAUGCUCCGGGGAUACUCUCCCCGUCUCCGGCCAUGUUGCCGACAGCUUCUGCCGGGAUUUUCUCUCAAGGUGGAAUGUUCUCGCCGGCUAUACCGCCGGGAUGGUUUUCGCCGGCGGGAUUGAUGAGCCCGUUUCUAACGUUUAGUCCUGGUUAUACUAGUUUGGUUGCUUCUCCAACUUUUGCUGAUGUCUUUAGUAGUAGUAGUCAUUUAUGGGAUCUUCAGUAACGAUUAUAUUUAAUAUUUAUGUGUUUUGCUUCUCUGUUAUUUUUUUUGUAUUGUAUCUUUAACAUAUCCAAUGUUGUAAUAACCCAAAGGGUUUAAAAAUGAGCUUCAUGUAAAAAAAACUAAAUUUAACUUUCAAAAAUUUCAGACAGAUUCCUAAA